AUGGCGUCCCCUCGAUACGACCCGCGCACUCAACGGCGGCGCCCGAUCCGCCGCGGCAUCAAGCGCAUGUCUCUAUGCUAUGUGCUCGCUGGUACCUUUUUGCUGGCGUACGUGGUCUUCCUUGCGCGUUGGGGCUUUGGAACGCUGUCCAGUCUCGAAGACUUUGUGUCCACGGAGCCGCUCAGUAGUAACCUGCGCCCGACCAGGAACGCAGUGUACAGUCAGAGCGAAAAUGAGACGCUGGAUUCGGUCAUUGCCGCGGUGCAACCCGACGAACCGCAGGGGGUCGAAAAGCACGUGCACCAAGUGGACGUUAUUGACAUUGGGCUUUCACGACCAGCGCCUUUGACUGCUGCUUUCGCAGCUACUGAUGCGCGAAGUACUGCAGUGACAGAGAUACCUGAUGUACAAGAGCAUAAGGUCGUUGUCGAGGAGAUGAGCGAAAGUAUGCAGACGAUGGAAGAGAUGGCCGAUGCGCACGAAGCGGUACAAGCACCUGAGGUGGUGGCUGCGGAAGUGGUCGCUACUGAACGAGUGGCUGCUACAACGACACCAAAGCACGAUAGGUUGACAUUCACAUUGGCUCCAUCAGCUCCGAAAUAUGCGACGGUCCAUGGGUAUAAACCCACAAAGAAGUUCUUGAAGAGCUACCGGCACGACCCGAACGAGUCCUUGUUCCUCUUUUUUACAUGUAGCGACAAGCACUUUCAAGCCAAUGACUGGUCGGACGCAUGUGUUCAGGGCAAACAGCACGUGUACGACGUGUUUGCAAAGUCGCCAGGACGUAAUCGACUGGUGACGGUUUACGCAGGCUCGGAGAAAUACUGGAAACACCACAACGAGUUUAACGAUGACCCAGACUUGCGAGUCAAGGGCGUGCCUUGCAUCAUGAGGUGGGACGGACGCAACGGAAGUACAGGCGGAAUGCUCGUGCACGAAUCGCUCUAUGACGAGCCGUUUCUCCGGUAUUUGUUCAAGAACACGGACCAGCCCGAGAUACUCUUUGCUCCCCAAGACGUCAAGAACAAGCAAAUCGUUACGGUGAAAGGCUAUCGUGGCUACUUGGAUGCCAUGUCCAAGUAUGUGCAUGAGCAAGACCCGGUGCCUACAUUCCUCAUGAUGGUCUCAGGCCGACUUCGGCACAACAAUCGACCAUGGUGUCCGUACUGCCGGUACUCUGAGUUACCUCUCGAGUUCGCCUUUUACUCGUAUGCUCCGAAGAAUGCGCGCAUGAUUCGCGUGGAAGUCACGGACUCGUACGCCGAGUGGAAAAAGCACAACAAAUUCGGCCGUGACAAAAACGUGCAGCUCCGGAUCGUGCCGCUGCUGUUUCACGUCAAGCCCGUUCCUGCUUCCAGCGCGAACGGCACCAAGUCAUUCAAGGCCACCUCGCACAGAGUUCGCUACGAUCGACUCGCUUCGUUGCGUGAGCUGUUUAGCAGUUUUGCAUAA